AUGGUCGUGAGAAACCAGCAGGAUAGGAUCAAGGGCACCUCUGUACUAAGUCUUCCACCACAGAGCCAAGAGCUAUUGAAUCGGAUCCGUCUGCCUGCUGAGCGCUCAUUAAGUGAUGACCCCAUAUGGCUUCGCACCUGCUAUGAUCCCUCCACUGAGGACUCUUGGACCAACAUUCAAAAUUACCUUGAACUCAAGUUUGGUCAUCCACCUUCAACUUUCAAUGAUCCAUCCCUGUACAACUUCGGCUCGAACUGGGAAAAGGUUUUUCUUCGUGCUCCACAACUUCUCAGCAAUGAUCAAUCGGCUGAAGAAUAUGACGAGUAUGUUGAUGAGGCCCUCCAAGAGGGAAUUGAGUCCGAGAGUAUGGAUGCUCAGCAUGCCGAAGAAAACGGCUAUGACCCAGUGGAAGAUGAGUUACCAUGGACAUGCUUUUAUUCAGAGUACCUCUGGCGACUAGUCGCAGGACGUAUUCAUAUUGUUGAUGCGAAAACUCUUGCCCACAAAGGUCGCAACGCAGGGAAAGUCCUGGUGAUGUGGUUCGAUCAUGGUGGACGAGCAAUCCGUUAUGCUCGGGAGGAACUGGAUGAAGCAGGGAGCAUUGGUGGGUGUUUCGAUUAUAUCCUCAAAGAUCAUAAUUGUUGGGCGAAUGGGGAUAUUGGCGAAUCCUAUGAAUGGGGUGCACCUUUGGGACCACCUUAUGGUGAGUACAGCAGCGAAACCAAGUAG